CCAUUCCACACUCUUGCACGUCACAGCUCUGUUUUUGUGUAACGAGAAGAGGUUGGUCCUUUAACAUGUCGUUUGGGUGUGUGUCUGUGCCCGUACUGUGUGCGUGUCUGUUCACUGGCCUGUGGCAGGAUGUGGAGAGACGCUACACUACCGCACGCGACCGGAGUGCGACGCCAUGCUGCUAGAGCUCGCGCUUCCGUGCGAAACGCAGAUGUGUAGGUAGGUCACUUACUGAGACGUGGCAAGCGCUUAGCGCCGCUAAAAUGCAGCCCGAAGUUUGGAACAUUGGAACACAAGACAGAUUGAAGUAAGUAGGUGCAAAUAGUAGCCGCUCUCUGUUAGUCAAGGUCAGGCGAGGACGCUGCGUAGUUUUCCAAUAAGCCAAAAGUGCUUCACUCAUCCGCGCUCAGGAAGUACAGGAAGUGCGCGGACCUCGCUCACGAGCGGACUCUAGUUUUUCCAGGUAGUGUGCACUUUGAUUCAGUUACUCUUUACGUAGCCUGUGUUUAGGCUAAACUCGUUUGUCGCGUAGUGGAAGUUGAUCACACGGAUUGUAUGUAAUGAGUGCCACGGUGAGCGGAUCGGAUCUGCAGGGGACUGGAGCAGCGGCUCGAGCGCAGGCUCCGCAGCCGGGGAGCGCGAGCGCGGAGCCGGGGAGCGCGAGCACGGAGCCGGGCAGCGCGAGCACGGAGCCCAGCACAGAGCCCAGCACAGAGCCUCCCACCGCCGUCGAAGAUGCCAGAAACACUGGACUCAAAUUCGCCAAGACGUUCCUGCUGGUUUUUCCUGUUUACGUCUUGGGUUAUCUAGGCUUCAGCUUCAGCUGGAUCCUCAUCUCACUGGCUGUGCUGUUUUGGCUCAGACGGAAUCAGGGAACGAGGUUUUCAGGAGUAAACAAAGCGCUGGCCUUUUUCGAGCACGAAGAGAAAGCAGUGAAGCAGAGUUUCCCAACUUCUGAGCUGCCUCCCUGGGUUCAUUUUCCUGAUGUGGAGAGAGUGGAAUGGCUCAAUAAGACAAUUCAUCAGAUGUGGCCAUAUAUUUGUCAGUUUGUUGACAAACUCUUCCGUGAGACCAUCGAACCAGCCAUCAAAGGAGCCAAUGCACACCUCAGCUCUUUCUGCUUCUCCAAGAUUGACAUGGGGGACAAGGCCCUGAGAGUGAAUGGAGUAAAGGUUUACACUGAGAAUGUAGACAAACGACAGAUUAUCAUGGACCUACAAAUCAGCUUUGUUGGGAACACGGAGAUCGAUGUGGAGAUUAAGAAAUACUACUGCCGAGCAGGCAUCAACAGCAUCCAGCUGCAUGGGGUGUUGAGAGUCAUCAUGGAGCCGUUGCUGGGAGACAUGCCUCUGAUUGGAGCACUGUCUGUUUUCUUCCUCAAAAAACCUCUGUUGGAUAUUAACUGGACAGGUCUGACUAACAUGCUUGACAUCCCAGGACUGAAAGGACUGUGUGAUGGUGUGAUUGAAGACAUUAUUUGCAGUUACUUGGUGCUUCCCCAGAAAAUCACCAUUCCACUGGUGGGAGAAGCACUACUGGCCAUAUUACGCUUCCCAAUGCCAAAGGGUGUUUUACGAGUGCAUUUUCUAGAAGGCCAGGAUCUGUUGGCUAAAGACACAUAUCUGGGUGGUCUGAUCAAAGGGAAGUCUGAUCCAUACGGCGUCAUUAAGAUUGGUAAUCAGCUCUUCCAGAGCAAGGUCAUCAAGGACUGCCUGCAUCCCAAAUGGAAUGAAGUAUAUGAGGCAUUGGUGUAUGAUUUGCCAGGACAUGCUUUGGAAAUUGAGCUGUUUGAUGAAGACCCUGAUGAAGAUGACUUCCUCGGCAGGCUUGUGAUUGAUCUGAAUGAGCUUGAGAAGGAGCAGAAAGUUGAUGAGUGGUUUGUGCUUGAUGAGGUGGCAACAGGAAAACUACACUUAAAGCUAGAGUGGCUCUCGCCUCUUGCCACACCAGAGAAGCUGGACCAGGUGUUGAGCAGUAUUAGGGCAGAUAAAGGCCAGGCAAAUGAUGGGCUCUCCUCUGCACUACUGCUUGUACACCUGGACUCAGCCAAGAACCUGCCUAGUGUGUUUGAAGGCAAUCUGUCCAGUGGCUGUCUGAAGGAGCGUCGCUCUGCUGGGUUCGUGUUCUGUGAGAACACGGCAACACUAUACAGGACUCUGUUUUCUGCGAAGAAAGUCACCAGUGAUCCCAGUCCCUUGGUCCAGUUUAAAGUUGGACACAAGGUUUUUGAGAGUAAGACACGUUAUAAAACCAAUGAGCCUGUUUGGGAGGAGGCCUUCACAUUCCUAAUACAUAACCCAAAGACUCAGGACCUAGAAGUGGAGGUAAAGGACGAGAGGCAUGAGUGUACGUUGGGGACUUUUACUCUCCCAUUGACUCAGCUGCUGCAGGCUGAGCAGAUGACCCUCAGUCAGAGAUUUCCACUGAAGAGUGCAGGACCCAGUGCUACUCUCAAAAUGAAGAUUGCUCUAAGGGUUCUUAGUUUGGAGAAGUUGUCAGUUUCAGACCAGCCGUCAUCUGUGCAGGUUCGCAGUCGAAGUUCCAGUGUCAUUCCCAGUGCAUCAAAUUCCAGUCUUGCCCAAAAUGCCUCAAGUUCGAAGAACACCCCCAAAACCUCAGGUUCUGUUGUCAGCUCCAAGCCUUCUUCACAGCUCCCACUUGUUUCUGAACAUCAGUCUGUCCCUGACCUCCAAGGGUUGAGUGAGUCCAUCUCUAACACCCCAUUGGAGGACUCACCGGUUCGUCUAGCAGAUACAGGCAGGAGUACAUCUAACUUGGCGAUUUCAGGCUCUCGGAUGAACCUGAACAACAAAGAGCCAACACCAAGCAUUGCCUCUGACAUCUCUCAUCCAUAUGCUUCCCAGGAGCUACAGAACAGGCUUAAAGAGCUACAAAAUGGGUCCACAUCUGGUCAUUUUCCCCUGGGAGAAAUUGAGCUGACAAUAAGACACAGUGCCCAACGGAACAAACUUAUAGUAGUGGUACACCGCUGCAGGAAUCUGAUAUCAUUCACAGACAGCGGUUCUGAUCCCUACGUGCGUUUGUAUCUACUCCCGGAUAAGCGGCGAUCUGGACGUAGAAAAACACACAUGAUCAAGAAAAACCUCAACCCAGUCUACGACCAAACAUUUGAGUUCAGUGUGUCACUGGUGGAGUUGCACAGGAGAACUUUGGAUGUAGCAGUGAAAAAUGGAGGAGGUCUUCUGUCUAAACACAAGGGUCUUCUGGGCAAGGCGAUGGUGGAUUUGACAUCAGAGGACAUAUCAAAGAGCUGGACACAGUGGUAUGAACUGAGUGAGAAUGGACUGAGAAAACCAUCUGUUUAAUCAGAACACUCAGUUUCCUUCUGCUGGCCAAAAAUCAGGACUCCCUGCAUGGAAUCCCUACACAGACUACAAAUGUCAGCCAUGUUUAAGUGUUGUAAUUUUAGUGGAUGGACUUUUUCUAUAUAUAUAAUAUGUAUAAUAAUAAUUUUAAUCAAGAUCAUUUUUAUUUAGAUGACCUGCCAAAAGAAAAUAAUGCUUUGGAUUUAACGUGCAGCUGCUGAGGUUGCUUUAUGGUCUCAUGGUUUAAUUUGUGCAAUAGGAAGAAGAUUUGUGUGUGUGUGUGUGUGUGUGUGUGUGUGUGUGUCUAGGAAAGAUUCAGUAAUGGAAAAUGGAUAAAUUACAAGUCAAAUAAACAUACAUAAUAUGACAUUUUUACCAGAAGUCACAGUCAGGUGUGUGUUUAUAUUCAUGCAUAAGUGUGUUUAGUCCUAAACUAAUUAUGUACGUAUACUGUGUACAAGUAUGAUAUUUUGCACUUGUGAAUGUGUUUGUGUGCAUUGGGUUUGGGGAGACAGAUGGGAAUUUACAUGUUACACAAGGUUUUUUUGUUUGUUUGUUUGUUUGUUUUGUUUUUUAAUACUUACCAUGGUGUAUAUGCUCACUGCUCACUUGCAAAUGCCUUUAGAAAAUACUGUAAGGCUGUAUAGAUGCAAACCAAAGCAUAGUCUCUCCUGCUGGUUACUGCUGUCCCUUUAAGUCCUCUGAACUGAACUUUGUAGCAGACAGGGACACAUUCUAAUUUUGUUUUUAUUAAUUGUUUUUAUUAAUAAGGGAGUUCAUCAGUAAGAAUUACUAAGUAGAGUGAAGUACUUGCAAAAUGCUUUUGACAUGCUCCUUUGUGAUGAGCUUUCCUUUCAGGGUUGUAUGAUUGUAUAUGUAUAUACUUUUCAUGUGCCUUAGCCCUGCUUGGGUUUAUCAAGGGCAACUGCAUGCCCCUGCACAUUUGUGACAUCACAACACAUAUUCAUGAAGUAAAUAUUACUGUAAGCCAUAUUUUUAACAAUAAUUGAGUAGGCUAUAAAAAGGCAACACACGGUCAUCUGAUGCAUGGUUUGAUAGAUAAAUAAUGCACACCAGUACGUAGGCAAAACAACACUUUAUCACACCUAAACUGAAAGAUAAAAGGUCAGUGGCAGUGCCUUUUUGCCAGUUUCAUGAUAUUGUUUAUACGCACCAAAUCUAGUUCUAGUUGCCAUCUCAUUAGCACAGAAAUUAGCAUUAACGCUUAGUUGGAAAGCUAGCAGAAAAUUACACAAAAUUAGCCUGAUUCUGCAGACAGGUGGCUCUUACUGAAGCAUUAUUGAGAGACUGCGACUCAAUAAACUUAAAACCAUUAUAA